GAUCGUUAGUUUCUGUGCUUGUUUUUUGUACCGCGAACUUGCGACAUAGUUUCAGUUUUUUUGUGUGGAGAAUCAUACAUUUAUUUUUUCAAAUGGCCGAAGACGUGUUUGAAUGACAUUGUCUGACGUUAUGUGACAGUUGUGGACUUCAAUCGCAAAUUGAACUAAAGAAGUAAUUUUAUGGAGGAAGUAGUAGGGCAAGAGUGUGUUCAACAUGAUGCGGAUUCAUCAUUGGAAACUGUAUCCAAGAAGACCCCAAAAAUAAUUGUUAAAAGAGUAAAUGCUAGAGUGACUAAAAUUCCAUUGAAACGCAGGAAGUAUGAAAAGUCCAAGAAAGAAAACUUUACUAUAAAGAAGAAUCUAUUUGAAAAUGCUGUUCAAACUUUGAUGCCUGAACACAGUGAUGUCGGAAGUACUAAUUUAUUACCUAUUCUUAAUAUUUUAGAAAAACACAACUUUAAAUAUGAAGUUAAGCAUGAGAUUAAAAAAACCAAUAGUUUUUAUCUACAAGAUAAUUAUAUGAAUACCUUCUAUAAAUAUUAUCCAGAAUAUUUAUGUGUUGAUUUUUUAUGUGAAAUACCAGAUCUGGAUGUAAAUUUGUAUUUAUUUAUUAGUAUGGAUGGAAAUGGUUGUUGUGAAGUGGUAUCAAUAGGCUUGAUUGAUGCAUCUGAUUCUGGCCUCCCAUGGUUAUGUGACGUUUUCAAAAAAUACAAUCCAAUUUGGCAUAAGAUAAAGUUUGUAAUAUGUGAUAAAGAAGAAGGAAUUUUUGAAGUUAUUAAAAUGGCUUUUCCUGAAAAACAAGUAUUAGUAUCAUUUUUUCAUUCCAUGAAAACCCUAAAAAGGGAUUUGGCAAUUAUAGAUUGUGAAACUUCACCAGAGGAUAUAAAUAAAAUUAUACAUGUCUUUGAACAAAUGGUUUUUGCAGUAGAUGAAUCUACUUAUUCUGAAAAUAUGAAACAACUGAAGCAAAUGCCACCAUCUAUUUCAAGCUAUUUUCGGAAAGCUUGGUUUUCAAAAAGAGAUACUUGGGUGUGGGGACUUCAGUUGAAUUCCAAAACAUUCUUAAAAUCAUUCAAUGCAUUUUUAGUUAGUGUCAGAAAGAAAAUAAGACCACUGGUUAAUGUUCAAGAUGCUAUUGAAAAUGUGGCUGAAAAAAUAUGCUCUUUUCUUGGCACAAGUAGAAAAGAGAAAUUUGAAACAUUUACAUUAGCUUUUGACACAUCAUCUAUAUAUAGUCAGCAAGCUCUUUAUCAAACAUAUUGUAAGUAUGUCACACAUUAUGCUGCUGAAUUAAUUUAUGAACAAUUCAACGAGUCAUCUAAAGUGAAAAAUGUUCAUAAAUUGUCUUGUGGCAAAUAUAUUUGUGCUUCAGAGAAUAUAGUUACAACCAGUGUUUGUUCUUGUAAUAUUUUUCAGUUAUUGUCAUUACCAUGCUGCCAUAUUUUUGCUGUAAGGAGACGUCUUUUCCUUCCUUUAUUUACAGAAGCUUUGAGUUCGAAUCGUUGGAUAAAAACCAAUUAUCUAAAUAUGUACCUUGAUUUAGAAAAUAUAUUUGUUUCAAACAAUAAAGAAGCUGAAAGUAUUGAAAGCAAGAGGUAUCGGAAGUAUUUUAAGUUAUGCUCAGAAUUAUGGCCCCUCCUCAUAGACUGUCCAGAAUCAGUUUCUCAAGAACGCUUGCAGAUUGUUAACGAUCUCUUUGAAUCUCUUAAUAAUGGCAUUAAUGUAUGUGUGAAAGAAUCAGAAAUUCAAAAAGACAUCCCAGAUCAAGAUACCAAUACUUUUGAUGAUUUACCAUUUGAUUGUUGGAAAGAAAUUUAUGGAAUAUCAUUGCACGAUAUUUUUGAUUCUGAUAAUGAUCAUAUUAAUUUUUCUUUAGAUCCUGAAAUAUCAAAUAAUUUUUGAGAGCAGAAAAGUAGUAAACAUGGCACUUGGUAUUUUUCUUAUAAAAUAUGUUAUUUAUGUGGAUUUUAGUGAUAGAUUAAAAUGUAAUUUAUAUAGAUUAUAUUUAUUAUCAGUUGUUGAUUUUUUUUAUACCUUUCCUGUUAUUUAUGAAAGUUAUGAU